AUGUGUCGCCGCGUCUACAAAUACUACACAGCCUGCGGCUGCGUCCUCAACGCCCUCUUCUACCACAAGUGCGCCUAUGGCUCGGCCUCGCCCCUUUGCAAGGAGGAAGACGGCAUCGUCACCCACGACGGCGAGACCUGCCCCUACCACACCUGCGUCGCUCGCCGCCAAGCCCGCAGCCGCCGCCGAGCCAACGGAGGAGGAAGAACGCAAGACUCGGAGAAUAUCCGCGCGUCCGUCGAGAAUCCCUUUACCUUCACCGGCGCAGGCAAGGAGAUCACCCCCACGAAGCUCGAGGACCGUCACAAGCUGGGCGACUUCCAAGUCUUCAUCAAGGACAUCGACACCUUUCUGAAGAAGCUGUCGGAGCGUGAUAAUGGUAUUCGGACCAAGACCCAGAUCGAGGCCCAGGCAGAGUCACAAAUUGUGCGAAAGUCGAACAAGCGAGAGGGAAAAAACAACCAGCUCAAGGACAGGAAAGUAAGCCGCGAGCUCUCCCCCCUCGCCGGCUGCUCAGACUGGACCGACGACGACGAAAACGAUAACGCAAUUGCCCGGCGCAAGAUACGCGACCGUCUUAAGAAGGAGUUUCGCGCCCUCGUCCGCGAAAAUGAGAGAAACAAGGAGCUCUUUGACGCGAGUGAUGUCUUCAUGAGCUCUGGCUGUGGCGAUGACGAAGACGCCUCCGACAGCAGCAGCAGCGAGUCGGACCCGGGUGAUGCGUAUCCUUCGCCCAUGAGCAUGAGCCCGCACCCUGGCAACUACGGUGACGUCUCUGAGAGCAACGAGUCGCCUGAUCAGGGUGAUGUUCACUCCUCGUCUUCGAGCCUGAGCCCCGACCAUGGAGAUGGCAGUGUCGUCCCCGAGAGUAGCGGCGAUUCGGACCACGGCAACAUGCAGUCUUCGAUCCCAGGCCCGGCUCAUCGCAGCGACCCCCUUCCGGCGUUUCUCUCAUGGGACACGUCUCCCGAGCACUCUGAGGACAUGGAAGAGAAUGAAGAGAUUGAUGAGGAUGGAGAUGAACCUGACUACGACAGCCACGACGCGGAUAUGCCCGACGCCGAUGAGGACAAUGGAGACUACGUCCCGGAACCUACCUGGCCUCCCACUGGGGUUGAGUGGACCUCUAAGCUCAAGUACAUGACUGGGAUCUCCCGCCGCGACUACUGGUGA